AUGACUAGACCUUCUUCCUCACACUACAUGCCUUCUACCAUUCACAUCCCCCGCUCCUCCUCUCCCCUCUUCUCCUGCUCAUCUUCCUCCUCAAAGCGCGCUACAGCAGAAGACAUCUCGCGUCUGCUUGACCCGUCUUACUCUUCUUCCACACAUCAAUCACGCUCAGUCUCCGUCUACGUAGACGGACACGGUGACCUCCAUGACCCAGACUACCGACAUUUCCCCGCAAUCGUCCCUCCCCGCUCAGCUAAACGCCACUCUGCGGGUGCUCACUACUCUUCAACCAACUAUCCUCUAUGGGACGAGCAUGCAGUAGACGACGAAGAGAUAGACGAGGAUAGCUGCCUAUACACCCACCACUCCCCCAUGCGUCGCUCACCCUCAUCCCGUCGCUCCUCAUCAACCACAGUGUCUCGGAACAACUUUGCUUCACCCUCCUCACGCACAAGCUCUCCCCCAUCCUACCACUACGCAACCUACUCAACCUACGACAUCUCCCCUCCAACAUCCUACGAUUCAGACGACAUUCUCAGCACCAGCUUCUCAUCAUACACAUCCCCUUUCGAGGAAAAGGAGAAACAACGAUCAAGUAGGCUAUCCACGAAGCGGAAGCGGUGUUCGUCAAAGGAAGAAUUGCUAGACACGCCUACACCCAUGAUCACACGCUCGCUCCUACCUACUACGGAGGAAGAGGAGGAGGCUGUGGUGGUCAAGGAGGAUGAUUCAACGGGCGAGUGGGUCCCCACAUGCACGCAGUCGCUGCAGAGGCAGUGGCAGGCACUGUCAUUGGCCUUUCAAUUCGGUGUGUUCCGCGCACGAAGACGGAUGAGGCAGAGGGUGCAUUCGCUCUUGUAG